UUGCUUCAACGGAAAGAUCCGGCGGCGGAUAGUCGAUAUUGGUCUAUAUAAUAAUAGCACGCCCGACGACCAACGCUAGAGCAAGCUCGCUUCUGCCCUUCAUCCCACAUUCCCACUCCGCUCUUUCCACUUUUCCCCAAUAUCUCGAUUCCUCAAAUCGGCGAUGGGCAUGGGGCGUAGACUUGCAGCAAUUCUUCUUCUGCUCCAGAACCUUCUUCUUCUGUCGGCUCUUCCAGCGUCUUCCGAUGGUUUGGUCAGGAUCGGGUUGAAGAAGAACCCCUUGGAUCAGAACGACAGGCUGGCGGCGCGGCUAGUCGGGGAAGUGCGACGAUCGAGGGGCCAGAAGCACGGUUUGGGGCUCGGGAACGGGGGAGAUGCUGAUUCUGACAUCAUUUCCCUCAAGAACUACAUGAACGCGCAGUACUUUGGGGAGAUCGGUAUCGGCUCCCCCGCUCAGAAGUUCACCGUGAUCUUUGAUACCGGAAGCUCGAAUCUGUGGGUUCCCUCUUCCAAGUGCUACUUCUCGAUUGCUUGCCUUUUCCACUCGAAGUACAAGUCAUCCCGGUCCAGCACCUAUCAAAAGAAUGGGAAAUCUGCAGCUAUUCAUUAUGGAUCUGGGUCAAUUUCUGGGUUUUUUAGUGAAGACCAUGUAACAGUUGGUGAUCUGGUUGUGAAAUCUCAGGAUUUUAUUGAAGCUACUAGGGAACCUAGUGUUACAUUCGUGGUGGCAAAAUUUGAUGGCAUUCUUGGACUUGGGUUUAAGGAAAUAUCAGUUGGGAAUGCUGUCCCUGUGUGGUAUAACAUGGUUGAGCAAGGUCUUGUUAAGGAGCCUGUUUUCUCUUUCUGGUUCAACCGAAAUGCUAAUGAUGGAGAGGGCGGAGAACUUGUAUUUGGAGGGGUGGAUCCAAACCACUAUAAUGGCGACCACACCUAUGUUCCUGUGACAAAGAAGGGUUAUUGGCAGUUUGAGAUGGGUGAUGUUCUUGUUGAUGGAGAAUCAACUGGGUUCUGUGCUGGUGGGUGUGCUGCCAUUGCAGAUUCAGGAACAUCUCUAAUUACAGGCCCAACAACUGUCAUCGCAGAAAUUAACCAUAAAAUUGGAGCUUCUGGUGUUAUUAGUCAAGAGUGCAAAGCAGUUGUAGCUGAAUACGGCCAACAGAUUUUGGAUAUGCUGAUUGCACAGACUGAACCGGCUCAAAUUUGCUCUCGUAUUGGUCUGUGCACAUUCGACGGAACUCGCGGUGUUGGUGCUGGAAUUGAGAGCGUGGUGAAUGACAAUGCUGAUGUAUCAGCUGGUCUGCAAAGUGAUGCCAUGUGCACUGCUUGCGAGAUGGCGGUUGUAUGGAUGCAAAACCAGCUGAGACAGAAUGCUACUGAAGAACGUGUUCUGAACUACAUCAAUCAGCUAUGCGAACGACUGCCUAGCCCUAUGGGAGAAUCUUCUGUAGAUUGUGGGACGAUCUCAUCCCUGCCUGGUGUGUCUUUCACAAUUGGAAAUAAGACAUUUGAUCUCACAGCUGAUCAGUACGUUCUCCAGGUUGGUGAGGGUGCUGCAGCACAGUGCAUCAGUGGGUUCACAGCCCUGGACGUGCCACGCGGCCCACUUUGGAUCCUAGGAGAUGUCUUCAUGGGAGUUUAUCACACUGUCUUCGACUAUGGCAACUUGAGAGUUGGAUUCGCGGAAGCAGCUUAAUAGUUCUGGCUGUACAAGGCAAAGACAAAUCCACGCAUGUAUAUAAAAAGGGGUUAAUAGUUCCUUAUCUGCGAACAAACUCUUACUCUUUAGACAUUUACUUGUCGUUUGUUGUUCGUACACGUUUCCUAGUUCAGCAGCAUAGUCCUGCUCCUUCCUGUUGACAAUGUGAUGGCCUGCUAUAAACAAUGGCCAAUGCUGUGCUUGUUACCCUGUUUCUGCAGUCUUGUAACUUGACUUUUGUUUGCAUAAAAAUAUAUCUAUAUUAGAACUA